UCUGCCAGCCACAAGAUGGCGCCCGCAGCAUCACGUGUCCCCGGCGCUGCUGCCAUUCGCAAUGUGGCCGCCGGAUGUCGCUCUCUCGGUGACGCAGUGACGCUGGCCGGCAGCGGGAAGAUGGCUGAGGGAGAGCGAGCGGCUGAGACCGGGGGGUCAGAGACUGGGAGCGGCGGGGACAAGACGGCGGAGGAGCUGAAAGAGCGGGCCAACGAGUACUUCCGGGUGAAGGAUUAUGACCACGCCGUGCAGUAUUACACAGAAGCCAUCGCUCUCAGCCCGAACACCGCCAUUUACUAUGGGAACCGCAGCUUGGCGUAUCUCCGCACUGAAUGUUAUGGUUACGCUUUGGCUGAUGCAUCUCACGCCAUACAGCUCGAUGCCAAAUACAUCAAGGGCUACUACAGGCGCGCGGCUAGUAACAUGGCCCUGGGGAAGCUGAAGGCCGCUCUGAAAGACUAUGAGACGGUGGUGAAGGUCCGCCCCCACGAUAAAGACGCGCAGAUGAAGUUCCAAGAGUGCAGCAAGUUAGUGCGGCAGAAGGCGUUUGAGCGAGCAAUCGCCAGCGAUCAGCAUAACCGCUCGGUGGUCGAUUCCCUGGACAUCGAAGGGAUGACCAUAGAAGAUGAAUACACAGGUCCCCAGUUACAGGAUGGAAAGGUCACCUUGGACUUUAUGUUGGAAUUAAUGAAAUUUUAUAAAGACCAGAAGAAGCUUCAUCGGAAAUGUGUCUAUCAGAUGCUCGUACAGCUGAAGGAGAUUCUGUCUCAGCUCCCAAGUCUGGUGGAGAUCUCACUGGACAAGUCUCAGCAGGUGACAGUCUGCGGUGACACACACGGCCAGUUCUACGACCUCAUGAACAUUUUCCAUCUCAACGGAGUCCCAUCGGAGAGUAAUCCCUAUAUAUUUAAUGGCGAUUUUGUGGAUCGUGGCUCGUUUUCUGUAGAAGUGAUAGUGACACUUUGUGGCUUCAAACUGCUGUAUCCUGCGCACUUCCACCUUCUGCGAGGUAACCAUGAGACGGACACCAUGAACCAGAUGUACGGAUUUGAGGGAGAAGUGAAAGCCAAAUAUUCCACGCAGAUGUUCCAGCUGUUCAGUGAGGUUUUCCAGUGGCUGCCGCUGGCGAUGUGCAUUAAUCAGCGAGUUCUGAUCAUGCACGGGGGCCUCUUCUCCGAAGAUGGCGUGACCUUGGAUCAGAUCCGUAGCAUUGAGCGGAACCGCCAGCCGCCAGACUCAGGACCAAUGUGCGACCUUCUGUGGUCUGACCCUCAGCCGCAGGACGGGCGCUCGACCAGCAAGCGAGGUGUGAGCUGCCAGUUUGGGCCUGAUGUGACUCGGAAGUUCCUGGAAGAGAACGGCCUGGAUUACAUUAUCCGCAGUCACGAGGUGAAGGCAGAAGGCUACGAGGUGACCCACAACGGUCACUGUGUAACGGUCUUCUCCGCUCCGAACUACUGUGACCAGAUGGGUAAUAAAGGAGCCUAUAUACAUCUCAGCGGCUCGGAUCUCAAACCCAAAUUCACCCAGUUCGAUGCCGUGCCGCACCCCAAUGUGAAGCCGAUGCUGUACGCCAACUCUCUGCUCCAGAUGGGGAUGAUGUGAGGACGACGCGUCGGCUGCUGAUUCCCUACAAGCAGUUGCCCCCAAGUGGACCGUAAAUGGGGCUCUCACAGUAUUUGCCCCAGUUUCCUCUGGAGUCAGAAGGGCAACAAGUAAUGAGGACUAUUUUUAAUACUGUAAAAGAGGACUAGAGAUGAGGGGGAGAGUGUGUGACAUGCGUGUGACAUGCGUGUAACCCGGGAUGUCUGUGUGCGAUGUGUGACUGUGUGUGUGAGUAGGGGGGGAUGAUUCAGCUAGAAACGCACAAUAGUCAUACACCCCUCCCCCCCAUAACCUGUGUCUCCCUUUCCCUGUACGUGGCAGGUGCCCCUCCCCCAGCGCUGUCUAAUUACUUCUAAUAAAGAGUCUGAUCACAUGA